GUUUUCGACAAAGGAGUGAUCGUUGAACUGGGUAACACCCGAAUUUCCCAAAAAUUAACACCUAUAAGUGAAAAGACCAUAAACAGGAACCCAUCAAGAGCUGAUAGAGCUAGAUCAACGAUACGCUGAGCUGGUGAGAGCGCAACAGUUUCAGCCUGAGGCAGAUGAGAACUUGCCAGACGAAGAUAAAGUGGAUAGCGACGAAGUAUAUGGUGGUGAAGUCACACGUAAAAGCUCGGAAAACAUUGCACUUGGUGAAGCAGCCUUUGUUAGAGGAGUUGUUUCGCAGGAUUCUUUCAGCAGAAGCAGUUACAUAAUGUCUAGUGGUGAACAGAUCACGGUCACGGCAGAAAGUAAUGCAUAUGAGGAGGAAAUUAAAGCGGGGAUGAAAAAUGAUGGGGAAAUUAAAGCUGGCUUAUUGACUAUAUUCGCAAAUGCAAGAGGUCAAUACAUUUAUAUUCUUCUUUCCUGGGCAACUGCAAUACUUCGAGGAUUUGAAAUGCCAUGCGGUGCUUUUAUCUAUGCUAUGGUAUUCCGAGCCAUUAGUUUUUACGACACUGACAAAGAAAUGAUGAUACACGAACUGGUUAUUUGUCUUAUCGUUUAUGUCGCCGUCUCCAUUGCUGUAUUUCUUCUACACUUUGUCUCGGUAAAAAUGGAUUUACAUUGUAGCUUAGAUCUUCAUGCUUUUUAUAUUUUAGAUGCUGCUUAUUUCGACAAUCCCCAACACGCACCAGGUCGUCUAAUUACUAGGCUCGCCUCCGAUGCUCCUAAUGUGAAGGCGGUUGUGGACAGUCGAAUGAUGUAUGUAGUUUUCAACAUGACAGCAUGGUUGGUUUGCCUUAUACUUGCACUGACCUCAUGUUGGCAAGUUGGACUUACUGGAACUGUAAUGAGUGUGCUUCUAGGAAUAGUUAUGGUCUGCCUUGCUAGAACAAUUCAGAAGCUAAACCUACAAUUUAUGAAAGUUAACCAAGCUGGAAAGCUAUCCAUUGAAGUCAUCGAGAAUGUUCGCACCAUACAAUUGCUUACGCGAGAACGUUACUUCUACGAGAAAUAUGAGGAAGCAUCAAAACAACAAAAGCGAAAUGAAAUGAAAAAAGGCUACUAUGAAGCUGCAAAUUUCUCUCUAACCCAAACGUUUGUCUACUUCUCGCUGGCAGCAGGUUAUGCUGUUGGUAUCCCCUUGAUGACAAGAUGGGAUUAUGAUGUACAGGCAGUCUAUAGAUCUGUAUUUUCUGUUCUUCUUUCCUGCCUGGCUAUGAUGAACUGUUCAACAUUCUUCCCUGAGUUUACGAAAGCUCGCACUGCGGCCGGCAUGUUAUUCAACAUGAUCAAUAGAAAAUCUAAGACUGGUGAUAUAAACGAGGGAGAUAAGCCGAAUCUUAGAGGAAAUUUGCUCUUCGAAGGGGUCCACUUCUCCUACCCUCAAAGGCCUCACCAACCCAUAAUGCGAGGACUUCAAUUUACGGUUCAAAAAGGCCAAACUGUAGCCAUUGUUGGACCGUCUGGAUCAGGAAAGAGUACUGUAAUCUCGCUUUUAGAACGGUUCUAUGACACUACUGCUGGAAUUGUUCGUUUCGAUGGGCAAGAUAUUCGCAAGAUCUCCUUGCGGCAUUUGAGAUCGCAAGUUGCACUUGUGGGUCAGGAGCCACGACUGUUUGCUGGCACCAUAAAAUACAAGACUUAUUUGAUGGGAAUCAAGACCAUUCAGGCAGUCCAAGAAGCGCUGGAUAAGGCAAGAGCGGGCAGGACUUGCAUAACAAUUGCUCAUCGCUUAUCCAGUAUUCAAAAUGCAGAUGUUAUUUUGUAUGUAGAAAACGGGAAAGUCAGAGAAUCUGGCAGCCAUUCAGAAUUAAUCAACAGAAAAGGACGAUACUACCAACUUAUCAAGAAGCAGGACAUCGCCUCAUAA